GUCAAGUGAUCACUCUCAAAAAGUCAAGAUCUCAAUAUCUUUUACUCUCUCUCUCUGUCUGGUUCCAUUUCAACAAGCUUCUAGACCGUUUCCCUAUUUUCCUUUUAUCACCCAUAAAACCCUAUCAAAAGCUCACCGAAAGCUAACAAAAGAGAGAAACCUACUACUCAGCUUAAACCACGCUUUUUCACUGCAAAAAUCCCAUAUUCGGAUACCCUUUUAAGGGUUUUCUCACCCCUCCAAAUAGUAGUGAAGAACAGCCAUGGCAGAGUCAGACACUGAAUCAGGAGGAGCUCAAAACAACGUUUCAAACGCAACAGGGAACAGCGACCUUUUGUCCCCGAAAGAACAAGACAGGCUCUUGCCUAUAGCUAACGUGAGCAGGAUCAUGAAGAAAGCUUUGCCUGCUAACGCAAAGAUAUCGAAGGAAGCUAAAGAAACGGUGCAGGAAUGUGUGUCUGAGUUCAUCAGCUUCGUCACAGGAGAAGCGUCUGAUAAGUGUCAAAAGGAGAAGAGGAAGACUAUAAACGGUGAUGAUCUGUUGUGGGCCAUGACGACGUUAGGGUUUGAAGACUACGUGGAGCCUUUGAAGGUUUAUUUGCAGAGGUUUAGGGAGAUGGAAGGAGAGAAGACUGCGAUGGCACGUGAUAAAGACGCGCCUCUUGCUGGUGGCGUCGCCGGUGGCAGUGGGAUGUAUGGGAUGAUGGUACAUCAGCAUCAAGGACACGUGUAUGGUUCCAGUGGGUUUCAUCAAAUGGUAAGUGGGUUGGGUAAAGGUGGGCCGGGGAAUAAUUUGGGUGGGCCGAGGUAGUUUCUCAUCUGUCAUCAUCUGACACGUGUAUGGUUGUUAUGAAUUUGAUAAAAGAUCUGGUUUUGAUAUGUUUGAGCCAACGUGAAAUUGGGUUGGACCAGGUAAGUCCAUCAGUUUUGUUUGGUAUCUUGGGCCUGUUGGUAGAAUUCUGGGCCAUGGAACGGGACACGUGUACGGUAGUGAUUGUGCUUUAUAUUUUGUAAUUUGUACUUCCUUUUGAAUAUACAAUGAAGUUUUAGAAAAAGAUUUAAAUGAAAA